AUGCCACCUCCGGCGCCGAUACCUCGCAGCAGCCACAUCGACCACUUGCCUCGCUUUGAGCGUAUCAAGACCAGGAAACCGACACUCAGUCAGACACCUACGGCAGACUCGAAUAUGCAGAUCAAAUACUUGAUUACCCUGGCUCUCGGCGUUCUCAUGCUGUUCGGUCUCAACUUGACUGGGGGACUGCUACUUCACUUGUCCAACUUCACGGUUUCUAUCCAACCUGGACCGGCGAUCGCAAUCCGAUUUUCUGGGGACGUGAAGUUGAUUUGGAUCCCUCGGAACAAUGGUAACGAUCAGCAGCGCAAUGGCGAACCUGAAGGACAUUAA